AUGAUUGGAGAUUUAUUUCAUAAUUCAACUGGCGUUGUUGCACCUGAUGCCACGUCGAGUCAGGAUAUUCUUGAGCAGGAACCAGAUGGACAUGCAAAACAAUUCUACAGUCUUUUAGGUGACUCCGAGAAACCUUUGUAUGAAGGCUCUAAAUGUUCAAAGUUAUCUGCUUUAGUGAAACUACUUCACAUAAAGAGCCUAAAUAGGUGGAGUAAUAAAUCAUUCUCAAUGUUGCUCCAGUUUUUGAAUGAGGAGCUAUUGCCAGGGGAAUCAACACUGCCUAAUUCAUAUGAUGAGGCCAAAAAAUUAAUCCGAGACCUUGGCCUAUCAUAUGAAAAAAUUGAUUCGUGUCCAUUCUCUUGCAUGCUGUUUUGGAAAAAUGAAGAAGGUCUUGAUACGUGUCAGAGAUGUGGUGCUUCUAGAUGGAAACUUGAUAAACAUGGAAAAGAGAUCAAGCGAAAGGCAAAUGGUAAAAAAAUACCACAAAAGACAUUGCGAUAUUUUCCUCUUAAGCCACGAUUGCAAAGGCUUUACAUGUCUUCGAAGACAGCUUCUGAUAUGAGAUGGCACCAUGAAAGACAAGUUGAGGACGGAGUGAUGAGGCAUCCAGCUGACUCUAAGGCUUGGAAAAACUUUAAUGAGCUACAUGAAAGCUUUGCCGAAGAGCCCCGAAAUGUUAGGCUCGGUCUUGCAAGUGAUGGUUUCCAACCUUUCACAAAUUCAAAAGUUUCUUAUAGCAUAUGGCCCGUUUUACUUGUACCAUAUAACUUACCACCAUGGAUGUGCAUGAAGCAAUCUAAUUUUAUUUUAUCUAUGCUCAUUCCUGGUCCAACUGGUCCUGGAGAUGCUAUUGACACCUACUUACAACCAUUGAUAGAAGAACUAAAGGAGUUGUGGGCCUCAGGCAUUCGAACAUAUGAUGUAUCUCUGAGACAGAAUUUCAUUUUACUUGCAGCACUAAUUUGGACCAUUAAUGAUUUUCCUGCUUAUUCAAAUUUAUCUGGAUGGAGCACUAAGGGGAAAUUAGCAUGUCCUUGUUGUAAUAAGCACACUCACUCUAUCAGGUUAAAAUAUGGAGGCAAGCAGAGCUAUAUGGGGCAUCGUCGCUAUCUUGAUGAAAAUCACAGUUGGAGAAAGGAUAAGAAAUCAUUUGAUGGCACUAGGGAGAGAGGGUAUGCAGCGCCGAAGCUGACCGGAGAUGACAUCCUUAAGUAG